UGACCGCAAAGGCUCAGACUCAGGUAGGAGGCAAGUGAAGAGCAUGUGUUGAAAUGUCAACUGUGUUGAAGGCUUUUGAAAGUGCUGUGCUCAGACCUGACUGAAACCUUUGGAAGGCAUUAGGCAGAAAAUCUAAUAUCUGGGCCUUUGGCUAGAAGCGAGAGCUAAAAUGAAGAACUGACAGGUGCAGGUUACAGUUCAAAGGGAAAGGAGCGUUGGACCGCAGCAUGGGAUUGAGGCUCCAGACCCGGGGUUCCUGAAGUGAAACCAACUCUUCUGGCUGUGCAGAACCAACUCCCUGUACCAUGGAGGUAGUUACAGUGGGGAUAAAGAUGCCUACCUUGAUGUCUCGGUGAAAGAUACUUUUCAAAUCAAGCUCUGCAGCUGCUUCCACAAGUUGCUUGAAAAUGAACUUUGCCUCUUCAUCCUGCAAGAAACCCCCUUUGGCCUCUGCGUAAUCGCGCAGGUUGCUCACGGGAACCGGGCGUUCCAGGACCAGCACGAGCUCUUCCUGGAGUUCAUAAUAAUCCAACAGGGAUAUAGUUAUCGAUCUCCCCUCUGGCUCUCCGUCUCCACAGGCCACUUUGUCCAUCACAACCACUUCAGAAGGAACCAUCAUGUUUCUGUGCAACACUGAUUUCCGGAAGAUGUUCUUCCUGGGGAUGCGUUUGAUUGCCACCGGGGCAUGGUCAACUCUCCUGUACCCGGUGUAGACGGAUGCAUGACCGCCUCUGGCCAGCAAGUCUGACUGACAAUAUUUAGCUUCGAAAUCCAGCCUCCUAGUUUCACCUGCCAGGAGCGGAUGCGGCGCUAUAUUCUCGGCGGCAGCCCUGGCAGGGCCCAGCUCUCUGGCCGGCUCCCUGCUCUCACUGCUCCGGUGUCUCCUGCUGGCCAGAUCAUCCUGACAUGAAGCGCUUCUCUUCCUCUUCCUUGUCCUGAGGUUGUACUUGCAGGUGUUGGGGAAACCGCUGCACCUCUCCAAGUUUUCGGUCACAUCUCUUUGAAAAGAGGAUGUGUGAACGCUCAUAUCAGGGUCGAUCGAUCACGCAAAUCAGUUCAGUACGAGAUAAUGAACCAAUGACCUGUGUCGCUGGGACACCUGCAUACGUUGGUUAUAUAUCUUUUACAUCACAGGAGCACUUCACAGGUCUACCUGUAGUGUUUAGCCACUCAGUACUUUCAUCCUUUAUUAGAAAUCAUUAAAGGAGGCAGGAGCAACCUGGUUCUUUUCCCUUUAUCGACUCCUUAAGGCUCCUGACCAAGACGUCCCGGCUGACACUGAACUGAAACAGUGUCCGGGGUUUGGCUGUCCGCAUGUGACCUUAACUUCAUAACCUUCAGUCAAGGUCAGAUCUCCAAGAGUGGAAGUAGCACCAUGGAGACCCAGUACAUAUUGGCAAAAGUAAAAAAAAAAAACUGUGCAACAUUGACUUACAUCUGUCGCGCUUCAUCCAAGAAUCCAAGAAUGGUUUCUUGGUGUCCAUCACCGUGCCCGAUCUCUAGCCCUCCACCCUUUGUCACAGCUGUUGUUUGUUCCACAUUAGCAGUUGAGCUUGUUCAAAAGAAGAUAACCCUCACAUGACCAUACCUUACAGUAGACGACGGCGACAAGAAACCUUUCAGCUGCUCUCAGUGGCCCAGGCAUGCACACCGGGUCAACGGGUCACACCAAGGUGUCCCUCCCGACUCAGCGACUGUGAGUGAAUGCCAUGUCCAUGACCCAGUCUGGUGUCACACAACAAAGUCUUCCAGAACAUUUAUAAAAUGUGUGUUCAUUCCUUCUCCUUUGAUGAGAAAUAAGGUCAGAUAUUCAUAAAAGUGAGCGGUUUCAAAGCGAUUUCUUGGAGAUCGCACGAUUCAUUUGACGACGCUUGGCCCCCGCUGGGCUGUUGAGCGUGAGACGCCAGUAUGGGUUGUUUCGUGUCAAGGACUCGCAGGAAAUGUAGAUUGAGCGAAGCGUCGAUUUGGGACACGGAUGUUGAGAAUGAACCAGAACCCAAGGUCUAUAAGCAAUAUCAGCACAGCACAGAGACGACAGAGUGGGAGCGCUUCGAGGGCAGAUACUGCCAGCUGGAUCUGUUGGCCAUCGGCGGGAAUGCGUCUGUCUACGCCGGUUACAGGAAAGGAGACAAAUUCCCUGUGGCGAUUAAACACAUUCCGAGGGAAUAUAAAGAGGUCGCCCCAAACAGAGGAACGAUCCCAGUGGAGGUGGCCGUGAUGAAGGAGCUGGCGAUGGGUGACGCUGAGAAGUCCGCCUUCAUUUCACUCCUGGAUUAUUACGAACUGAAGAAAGAGCUCAUACUGGUUUUGGAGCGUCCAGUGCCUGCUGUGGACCUCUACGAGUACGUCAAGGUCAGGGGAGACGGCAUGAAAGAAAAGAAAGCUCAGCAGAUUUUCAAGCAACUGGUGAUGGCUGCAAUCACGCUUCACUCCAAGAACAUCUUCCACCGUGACAUAAAGAUGGAGAACGUCCUCAUCCAGAGCAGAACGGAUGUCCCGCGAGUGAGACUGAUCGACUUCGGUCUCAGCUGCUUCACAAAAGACGACAUGUCAAGCAAUUUCUUCUGCGGAACCUCCAUCCACGUGCCACCCGAACUGAAGGACUGCGACAGCUACAGGACGGUCCCCAUCACGGUUUGGCAGGUCGGGGUGGUUCUGUACGAGAUGCUGCACAGUGACAGCCUUUUCAAGACCUCCAAGUUCCUGAAGAAUGAGCUGACGGUCAGAGAGAAUUUGUCUCAGGGUUGUCGCGAAGUGAUCCGCCUCUGUUUAGCGAGGGACCCUCAAGAGCGCCCCUCUCUGGACGAGCUCCUGCUGCAUCCCUGGCUGAAAUGAUGCACAACGGGUUUUGCAGUUGAACACACAUUUUUGCCGCCCAUGUUCCAUUAAAGACUCACCAGACCCCCAGUCUCUGACGGAUCUCGUUCUCUUGACUUGUGAUUGUAUCGUGGUGUUGGCUCGCUGCGUACAAGAGGGUUCCUAACUUGUUCUCUGUGAGAUUGAUUUUGUUUCCUUACUCUGACCUGACUGUCAGAAAGGCUCCUUUCAACGGCAAAACCUUACAGGAAGGAAGUGGAUUAUUAUAGGGCCAAACAAUUGGUCCAACGGGGUCCAACUGAGGCCACUCUUGUCCUGGGGGUGUAUUGUAAUAUGUAUCAUUCUUAUUCUGCAGACGACGGAGGGACAGAUUUUCAGGUCACAGUGAGUCCUCACUCUCUGAACUGUAAUAUUUAUGCAGCUACACAUGAAACCAGGCAGGUCCCCGACGUGCUUUUACCAUCCUCUCACUCCACAGUUGGUCCAGCGUGUGGGACAAGCUCUACAGCACAGGGUCACAGUGAACAGGUUGAACAGUGUCAGCUAAUGUUUGCUGGCUCCUACCGUUGAUAAUUUAGUACAUUUAGUAUCUGGCUUAGCACCAGAGCAGUCGGAUUCUGCUGUAACGUCAUACAUGCCGCGUUUCAUUUG